AUGUUGGUUAGAUUUUUCAAUAAAUCUCUUUUGCUCAAUAGACCAUCAAACCACAAUUUAAUAUCCAAAGUCUUACCAUCCUUAUCCAUCCAUCCCCAUCUCUAUUCCACCACCUCUACUGCAGACACAAAUACAAAAGAAAAUCUCCCAUCAAACCCUAAUCUUCUUCAGGAUUCUCUCACUCCUCACAUCCUAAAAAUCGUACCAAACACCUCAGAUAUCACACUACUAGAAAAACAGGAUGAAUUACUACGUAAAAGAAGGAAACUGGCUAAAGAAACCAUCAAAUUGAAGACUUUCAAACCUAUCUCCCCAUCCUUACGGUGGCUAAGGUACCCCGUCUAUCCCCAUCUCCAUAAGGGUAAGCCUGUCCGUUUCUUAACCGUCCAUAAGAACAGAAACAGCGGCAGAAACAACCAGGGCAGGAUCACUGUUCGUCACAGAUCUGGUAGGUUCCAUAAAAGAAGAAUCAGACUGGUCGACUUUUUUAGAUCUGUCCCUGGGAAACAGACCGUUCAAAGGAUAGAAUACGACCCCGGUAGAACUGGCCAUAUCGCCCUAUUGAAACACAACGAAACGGGAAAACUAUCAUAUAUCUUGGCUUGUGACGGAUUAAGAGCAGGUGACGUCGUUGAAUCUUUUAGAUACAGCAACAACAACAACAACAACAACAACAAUAGUACUAAUAGUCAAAGCCAACGUGGUAUGGAAUUAUUGGAUCAAGUAAACACUAUCCAAAGAGGUAACUGUUUACCCUUAGAAAUGAUCCCUAUCGGUACUGUGAUCCAUAACGUCGGUAUCACUCCUAUCGGUCCUGCUAAAUUCUGUAGAGCUGCAGGCACAUAUGCUCGUCUGCUAACUAAACUACCAGAAAAGAAAAAAGCAGUGGUUAGACUGCAGAGUGGUGAACACCGUUAUGUCUCUUUGAAAGCCUGUGCCACCAUUGGUGUGGUUUCUAAUGUGGAACACCAAUUGAGAUCUCUAGGUAAAGCCGGAAGGUCUAGGUGGUUAGGUAGAAGACCAAGUGUUCGUGGUGUUGCCAUGAACAAAUGUGAUCAUCCUCACGGUGGUGGUCGUGGUAAAUCCAAAUCAAAUAAGUUAUCUAUGUCGCCCUGGGGUCAAUUGGCAAAGGGUUAUAAGACAAGAAGAGGUAAAAACCAGAAUAGAAUGAAGGUUAAAGAUAGACCAAGAGGCAAGAAAUAA